GAGUCGGACCUGGCUGUUUGUACAAAAAUGGUGUUGUUUCACGGAGUAGAGUCGUCCCACUGCUGGAGUCGUAGAUCUAGCGUUAGCAGCUAGACCUAUCCUUGUGCAAGUUUAAUAGUUGUAGCGCUUGAACAAUUUAGUAGCUGGUCAUGGUGUCUGCGGGAAUUUUCACAAACAGUUAUUUGUGUGUUCGUCGGAUCAAACUGAGAAGUGUCUGGUGUUGUUAGCCCAAAAAAGCCGUCACUGUAGCGCAGCCGUGUUGUCUUUCUCGUCACUGCCGGACAAGACCAACGGAAUUUGCUGUGCCGAUAUACCAGUGUCCAUUCUUGGACCAUAGGCGGAGUGACAAGCUAUCCAAGUGUCGCUGCUAACAAUGGCUACAGAACCUCCAGCAAAGCGUAAGCGAACUUCAAGGGCAGGAAAGAAGCCAACUGGUGAAGAAGAUCCUGCAAAGCCGGCGGUGACAAAGAAAGGCAAGACGCAUAUCAAAGGUGACAAGUAUGCCAUGAUUGGAAUGAUGGAUGGCAAGUCUGUGGAGACAGCACUCACUAUGAAGUUACCUGACUAUCUAGCACCAAAUCUAGAUGUUAUCUUUAUUGGUAUUAACCCUGGUGUGGUGUCAGCUGCACGUGGACAUCAUUACUUCAAUCCAACCAACCACUUCUGGCCAUUGAUGUUCCAGUCUGGACUUAUUGAUGAGCGUAUGACUGCUAAAGAGGACGCACAGUGUCUAGCUAAAGGCUUUGGUCUGACCAACAUGGUCGCACGAACGUCACACGCUGCAUCUGACCUAUCUCGAUCCGAAUUGAAGGACGGUGCUAAAGAUACAGUCAGCAUGCUGCAAGAGCUCCGACCAAAGGUGGCAUGCUUCAAUGGCAAAGGUAUUUACGAAACCUUCUCCGGCACGAAAAAGUGUACCCUUGGACGGCAGGAGAAGUGUAUUUCAGACACAGAUGUGGUUGUUUACGUGAUGCCAUCAACAUCAGCCAGGGCAGCCCAAUUUCCUUCAGUUGCAUCCAAGCUACGCUUCUUCACAGAGCUGAAGGAAAUCAUCGAUGAAUGCAACAAAGCGUCCAGCCCCGUGGCAAAUGCCAGUGCUGCCACCAGCACAGUGCCUUGUGUGCCACCCAUUGCAGCAGUACCACCGCCACCACAAGCAAUGGCAGCAGCAGUGGUGGGAUCAGCAGCACAAGCAGCAGCAGCAGCAGUUACCCCAGUAUUACCAGGAGAUGCAGUGGCUACACCUUGCAGCAACACUACCUGCUAAUAAUUAUAGAGCACAUGUGCCAUACCUACAUGACUUACAUUUCCUGUAUCAGCUAGUCAGACUGGCACUGCUGAUGGUGUUGGCGCUAGCUACAUGCAACCAGGAUAUGAGUACAGUCAUGUACAUAUAUGUGUAUAUAUAGAGAAAGAGAGAGGCCAUACUACAUAGCAUCAGGGUUACGCUGACAAGUACCCACACUACAGUUGCACAUGCACAUUCACACACACAGCUGUGGGCACACUGGUCUCACGAGCAAUGCAUCAGAUCAUGAGCUGUAUCAUCAGAUCAUGAGCUGUAUCAUCAGCAAAGUCACCUAUCCUACUACUGAGUAUCCUAGCAGUGUUGCGAUGUGAGUAUUUGCUGUAUGACUUUCACAAGCCCUCACACACUAUAUUUUUAGUUGAUAAAACCGGCUGCAAGAAACACAAUUCUGCUCCACUACAUGUGCAUAUACAUAUACUAGCAGAGACAUCAUUGGUGAGGCACCAACAGAAUUGUAUUAGUCUACUUGCAACAGACACAUACAUUGCACAAUCAUGUAAGAAUGUAGCAUAGGGACAUGCUGCUGUUAGUCAUAGUUGCUCAAUACCAAAGGCCAGUCUAAGCUCCACACAGUAUUAUCAUUAGUACAUAACUGCCAAGAGCGUGCAACUCAAGUCUAUUAUUUUCUGCUAUGGCAGAACUUCACGUCAUGUGACAAACCCAUACACAUUGUUUCAUA